AUGCAUGUAUGUAUUCUUAACAUAAAGUUCCCUUGUGGAAUUCAAGGAAACACAGGAGAUAGCAUUAUUGUGGACCGAAUAUCUAGCAAGAUUAAACCAAAAGAAGAAAAAGAUUCCAAGGCCUUGAUUACCAUUAAUAUUCAUAUUACCACUACUAUUACUCCUACUACUCCUACUACUUCUAUUAGCUAUUUAUUAUCUAUCAUGAGCCAUUUACCAGAAUUGCAACUACAGCAACACCAACACCAACAGUCAGAUUCAGCACUAGAGAAAAACAUCUCUGUCAAAAAACCUUGCAAGCUAUUCGAUCUACCGGUUUGGAUCUACCUUGUCUGUAUUGCCUUGAUACUCGGCAUCUUUCUCACAACAUCUGUCACCCUCUUGCUCAACAAGUCAAAAAACGAAGCCAACAGAUAUGAAGACAAUAUCAUCACAAUGGCCAUCGAUGGACACAGCCAAGAUCCAGGUCUCGAUCAAGUCAAUGCAGCACUACAGCAAUUUACUGUCAGUUCAAUAACAACAACUGUCACAAAAACACUGCAGCUGUCACCAUCACCAACACCAUUAUCAUUAUCCUUGUCCUUAUUCCUAUUACACUCCCCUUCUCCCACUAGUAUACACAUUAAACAAACAAACACCUAA